CCAAGCUGUAGAUCCGAACCAAGAGCACCUGGGAAUAAGGCAGCCCCAGCGGGCCACCCCGGGGGCUUCUGGCGACGCUCUUCCGCGCUCGCCCGGGGUGGCUUCCGGGAAGGGCGCCCGCGCUGGCCGGGAGCCGCGUCCCAGCGGAGAGGCGGAAAUGUAAUAAGAGAACUUCACAGGCAUGGGAUCUUCUGAGCAGAACAAACACUAGUUAAGAUACCACACAAUUCUGUAAAUACUGAGUGUUUUAAGGGUGUAAAUCUAUAUUGUGCUCUGAAUCGAUGGACUGAGAAGUGGACAUGGUCCUUGGCCUCAAGGUCAUAACCAUCUGGUCAUGGAAAAUGACACAAGCACACAAAUACUUAAAGCUCUUCAAAAGAGGUAGAAUCAGCCAUUGCUGCAGGGAGCCCUGCCUGGUUCCAUUUAGUGGGAAGAGAUGAGAAAUCAAGAUCCGGUAUAUGAACUGGGGAGGAUUUGUGAAAACUCCAGUAAUUAGGAAUCAUGGCGGACAGUGGAGAUAACAAAAGCCAAGUUCAUGAGGAGCUUCGGUUAGAUGAAGAAUUUAUGAAAGUUGAACAGAGAGAGAGAUUGAUUGAUAAAAUUGCAAAGGAAAAUAUUCAGUUAAAGGAGGAGAUCCAAAGGCUUGAGGCUGAGUUACAAGAGACCACCAGAAACUCCCAGAUUAAAGAGGAUAUUCCAGCAGCAGAGAUGAAAUUCACAUCUUUAGAGAAUCCUGAGAAUGACAGCCAGUGUUUAAAUAUCUCCUGUUCAUUUCAUGUGAGCUCGCAAGUUUCUUAUGAGCUACAGAAAGGACAAGCACUUAUCACCUUUGAAAAAGAAGAAGUUGCCCAGAAUGUCAUCAGAAUGGGGAAACAUCAUGUGCAGAUAGAGGAUAUAGAUGUGGAGGUUAUGGCCAAACCAGUUCCAUUAAAUUCAGGAGUCAGAUUCCAGGCUCUCGUAGAAGUGUCUAAGGUGAAGAUCAAUGUUACUGAAAUUCCCGAUGAAUUGCCAGAAGAUCAGAUGAGAGACAAGCUAGAACUGAGCUUUUCUAAGUCUCGAAACGGCGGUGGGGAAGUGCUGUGCGUGCAGUAUGACAAGCAGUCCCAGAGUGCUGUGAUCACGUUUUUGGAAACUGGAGUUGCUGACAAGAUUUUGAAAAAGAAAGAAUAUCCGCUUUGUAUAAAUCAAAACUGCUAUAAGGUUAUUGUUUCUCCAUACAUAGAAACAGACUUGAAAAAUUUUCAGGCAUUUUCAGGAAUAUCUACGAGGACAGUGCUUCUCACUGGCAUGGAAAAUCUUCAGAUGAUGGAGGAAGAAAUUUUAGAGGAUUUAGUUAACAUUUACUUUCAACGGGAGUCAAAUGGAGGUGGAGAAGUAGAAGUGGUCAAAUGUUGUCUAGAUCAACCUUGCAUGGCAUACUUUGAAGAAUAGAGGCAUGGAAUUAGAUGAAUAUUAGAGCUGCUGAGUCCAAAGCACCAUCAAUGCGUGACAAAAAUGAAUAUCCCUUUCCUUUGAAAAAUGAAAACUUUAAUUCUUUAAAAAAAUUUUUUUAAUGUUUACUUUUGAGAGACAGAGAAAGA